CUUUGAAAAUGAAUGUUUUACAAAAAAUUUAAAUACUUCAGAUUAUGCAUAAGCUUUAAGAAUGUUUGUGUAAAAAAAAAAUGCAUUCACACAGGCAGGCACGUGCAGUAGAUAACAAAACGUUUAAUAUAACAGGAUUAAAGAAGUUUUGCUUUUUGUUGCUUUUAAUGAUGAUGUGAAGGAGGAGGAUGAUGAUGAUGUGGUGGUGGUUUGACGCUUGAACACCGCACGCGACGGUCUUGUUCUGGUGGUGAUGACGUCACGCCGCAGUCCUCGGUGAAGAAGCAGGAGCAGCAGGAGGAGCAGGGGCAGAAGAUAGAACCAGGCUGAGGUCCUGCUUUAAAAAAAAAAAAAAAAAAAAAAACCACACACACCGGGAGAACACGAGCGCUAUACGUUUCCGUAGUAAAACUUUUCGCAUGCUGGGGAGCAGCAGCAGAGCCGGAACUUCCCUUCCCGCUGUAUCCGCUGUCCAAACCGCUCGAAGGCGAGCCGCAAGCGUGACUCCAUGAAAGAUGUCAGAGGAGGUGAUUGUGAUCGCCAAGUGGGAUUACUCAGCACAGCAGGAACAAGAACUUGACAUCCGGAAGAACGAGCGCCUGUGGCUCCUAGACGACUCGAAAACGUGGUGGCGUGUCCGCAAUGCUGCCAACCGCACAGGCUACGUGCCGUCCAACUACGUGGAGAGGAAAAACAGCCUGAAGAAGGGCUCACUAGUGAAGAACCUCAAGGACACUCUAGGUCUGGGUAAGGCUAAGCGAAAGCCGAGCACGGAUGCCGAGUGCCCAGCGAACGGAGUCGGCGCGGGAGCAGAGCGCAUCUAUGAACUGCACACAGCGGCAGUGGCCAAGUUUGCGUACACGGCCGAGCGCGAGGAUGAACUGAGCCUUGCGAAGGGAGCGCGCCUUCUCGUGCUGGAAAAAUGCAGCGAUGGGUGGUGGCGUGGCCGCUGCAGCGACGGCCAGGUCGGCUGGUUCCCCUCCAACUACGUCCAAGAGGAUGAGGAGGAGGAAGAGGACGAGGAAGACACCGCAAUGGGUGACGGGCAUUGUUCCCGAGCGUUGCACAAGGUGCAGACGCUUUACCCCUUCAGUUCGGUCACAGAGGAAGAGCUGAAUUUCGAUAAAGGAGAAAUCAUGGAGGUGUUGGAGAAGCCUGAGAAUGACCCCGAGUGGUGGAGGUGCAAAAACAGUCAAGGCCAAGUGGGCCUCGUGCCCAAGAACUAUGUGACAGUGCUGAAAGGUGUUUCGGAACAAGCAGGAGGGGCCAGCAAUUUCACAGCCCAUCCAUUGCAGCCAGCAGGUCCAGCCCUCACUGGCAGAUUCGCUGGGAAGGAGUGGUACUACGGAAGCGUGACUCGACACCAGGCUGAAAGUACGUUAAAUGAGAGGGGAUUUGAAGGAGACUUCCUAGUGCGGGACAGCGAGUCUUCUCCAAGCGAUUUCUCCAUCUCCUUGAAGGCUUCAGGCAAGAACAAGCAUUUCAAGGUGCAGUGUGGUGACGGCGUCUACUGCAUCGGGCAGCGGCGCUUCAACUCUAUGGACGAGCUCGUGGAGCACUACAAGAAAGCACCCAUUUUCACCAGUGAGCACGGAGACAAGCUGUACCUUGUCAAACCCCUGCAGUGACCUUCCAGCCAAAAAUGAGCCUUGAGAACCUAAAUAAGACCUCACACUGAGCCAAGCCUCCUUACGUCUUUCCUUGGUGGUCAGUUCUCACCGAAUGGGGAACAGAGUGCCAACACAAGCAGCCGGGCAGUGACUCUUAUUAUUAUUAUUAUUAUUAUUAUUAUUAUUAUUAUUUUAAAUCAUCAUCCUCAUUUCAUGUUUAUUAUAUUUUGUCCUCUUUGACACGAAAAAAGGUCUGGUAAAAAAAAAAAAAAAAAAAAAAGUGUUAUUUGUUGCUGCAGUUUCUGUUCAGAUUUUACACACCAAACAUACUUUAUUUCACACGCAGUAGGCUUUUAAUUUUAUUAUAUUUUAAUAAUAUGAUUUGACGGUACAAUAGGGAAUAUUCUGCGCCUUUACAUGAUCGUAUCAGCGGAGCUACAGGACUGACUGUUGACACGUGCUGCCAAAGAGCCACACAGAUACUCACUGCCCCCUGCUGGAAACACACUCACACACACUCAGAUGCACGGGCUCGCACACGAGGAGGUCAGUUUAGGAGAUGGGAUGAAUGUCAAAUGCUCAACCAAAUGUGCCACACAUUUGUCAUGUGUAACAGUCCACAUAAUUCCAACUGAAAAAUUACCACAGCCGGAGUCCUACUAUAUCUUGUAUAGUUACAAGAGAGCUUAUUCUGUAUGUGCGUUUAUUUUUUUCCCCUCCAGUUUUUUUUUUUUUUUUAAAAGUAUUUGUCUGAAUGUAAAAGCAUUGUUAUUUAAAUCUGUGUCUAUUUAAACUAGAGCAUAAGGUACAUAUAGGAGGAAUUUACUAAGCACUGUACCAUUGAUGGUUUUGUUGGAAGUUGAACUACAUUUUGUUGAAUUAAACAUUUUGCAAAAUAAGGAGAAA